AUGGAUAAUAAUAUUGAGGGAUUAAUAAAAGAAACUUUAAUGAAUAAAAAAAAUAAUAAUAUAUCAUCAGAAGAGGAAUUUAAAAGUUGUGAAAUAGAAAAGUUUUUAAAAGAAAUUCAAAACUCAUGUUUGAGCCAAUAUGACAAAGAUAAACUACUUCAAUCACUUUAUUAUAGCCAAGGAGGUAGUAUUGAAUAUUAUAGGGAUCAAUUAAAUAAUACGGUCAAACAGUAUCAAAUAGAAAAUAAAAUCCACAAAGCAAAUCAACUAUUAAAAUCAAUGAAUGAAAAGUUAGACACAAAAUCAAAUAGUUUAAAUGAAAUCGAACAGGAAAUUACAGAUAUCAAAUCAAAUUUAUUACAUUCAACAAUAAAUAAAUCAAAAUAUAAUGAGGUUCAAAAUGUUUUUGAUUCGACCGUCGAAAAAAUAAAAUCUCAAAUUGUAAACCAAAAAAUUAAAAAUACACUAAAAUAA